GACUCAUUCAACAUGUUGCUCUUUGCGUUGCUGCUGCUGGUAGUCGGUGGUUCACAAGCCUCUCAUUUUAGUGGCACCGUGGUGACCUACUACCUAAAUGAUACUUAUUCAGAUGGAUCACUCUCUGUGAUCUUUCGCGCCAAGUUCAACAUCCCAAACUGUAACACAACUGAAUAUUCUUACAAAGGCUGUGCCAAUGAAAAAGUGAUCGUUUCUAACUUCGUCUUCGAGAACGCCGGUGAUACCUGGUGUCAGAGUGAAAGCAUCACAUCCUGUCUGCUUCCCGACAACUCUCCAUUUCAGUUCUACUUUGACAGUGGUAACUGGAUAGUUAAUUUAAAUGACAUUGGAUCCUGGAGAGCUGUGGCAGAUGUUGAACUGAGGAUCCGGUCUGACACCAACAAACCCAACUCAUCACCCCAGACCACCAUCUUUCCUGGCCUGAGAGUUCCUUCAAACUGUAGUAGAAAUAUUAACCUGUUGACUUUUGACCCCGAUGGAGAUGAGAUUAAAUGUAGAUAUGCUAGUUUAUCCUCAGAUGAAUGUGACUGGCCCUGCACUCCUGCGCCUGUUCUCACCUUAUCCUCUAUCUGCACACUGUCAUUCAGUUCAACGUCAAGCAGUAACCAAGGUAUUUAUGCAGUCCAGAUGGUGAUGGAGGACUUUCCCCGACAGACAAUCACCCUGACUCACACUGACGGGUCACAGAUUGUGAGAUCUACCAGCGACAGAAUCGGCACGAUUCCCAUCCAGUUUGCUUUAAUAGUGGAUCCUGCAGCACCAUCCUGCACAGAAGGAGCCUAUCUGCCGAGAUUUAUUAGUCCAACUCCAGAACACAGAGCUCAUUUCUACAUCUUCGUCGACAAGGCUCUGGAGAUCAACAUCAGGGCAAGCGCCACUAAUUCUACGAUCACUGGGCUCCUGUACAGCGGUCCGUACAACAUGAUCAAGACGUCUUCUGGAUUAGGACACUUCUCUCUGUCAUGGACACCAUCUACAAGUGAGGCUGAACAGAGCCACCCCAUCUGUUUUGUCGUCCAGGCAAGUUUCUCCAGUUCUGUGUACCAGUCUGAGCUUCGAUGUGUUAUUGUCACAGUUAGAAUCCCACCCAAAACUUAUCUUACUGUUGUGAAACUGAACAUCUCGACUACGUUGCCACUAAAAGGCAAUCAUGACAAAUUACUCAAAGCGAUGAAGGAUAAACUGAUUAAAAAUGGGCUCCCACCCAAUAUAACUUUACGCCUACUGAGCAACCGUUUAGCAGAGGGAAGUGAAAGAGUCGCCCCCUAGUGGACUUGAACCCAGGACCUUCUUGCUGCAUGACAGCAGUGCUACCCACUCUGUCACUGUGCAGCUCUCUUUGGUGUUAUAGCUAAAUUAAUUAUCUGUCUCUCUAUGCAUGCUUGGAUUUUAUUUUAAGUUUCUGUAUAUAUUCUGAUUUGGAUUAUCUUUGUUUCAUAGUGUAUUGACAUUUGUCACUAUGGCUGUGAAAAGUAAAGGUAAAUCUGGUUCUAAAAUGCAACACAUCUGUUGAGGUACCCUGUAAAUUUUGUUUUUGAAGGUUUCAGACAUUUUCCCCCCACAACAUGAUAUGAUAUAGUACGAUUGAGAAAUAUUUGAGAAGUAUUUUGAAUUCAAUGAAGCAUGACUUGUUUGACCUGUCUGUCUCUGUAUUUUGUGUACUUACAUGACUGUGAUGCUUUGAACUCGGUUAUUUCAUUAGAAAUUGAAAUACAAUCUAGUUUACAUCAUAAAAUAAUGUUUUGAGGUCUUCUCUGUCAGCACUCCUAUCUGCAGAUGUGAAUAGGUUUUCACUACCAGGAACCUUAUCUGAAGCUGACCCAGCCUUCUCUUUUUCCAUCCAUAUGCAGGUGCGAAUAGGUUUCUUGCUCAGAGGUCUGGCUUUUUGUUGU